UCCCAGUAGUGGCUGGCUGGACGGCGGCUAUUUUUCUACAUAUUCAUAGACACUUCUCAGCAGCUGCAUGUCGCAGACUGACACAAAGAGCUCGAUGUCCGUGGCGAAUGCCAAACACACUGUGCGGAAUCCGGUGGUCCCAUACACUGGAGCCAUACCUGGAGGCCUGCACCCAGGGGAGAUCAUCAUCAUCCAGGGCACAGUGCCCACAGAUGCAGACAGAUUUCGUGUGGAACUGUCAAGUGGCUGCAGCACCAAACCGCGCUCUGACGUCGCCCUCCAUUUCAGCCCUCGGUUCAAAGGCUCACCUUGUGUGGUGUGUAACUCCCUGCUGCAGGAGAACUGGGGCAAAGAGGAAACGCUCCACCAGCUGCCGUACAAACGCGGGGCUCCGUUCGAGACCAUCAUUCUGGUGCAUGAAGAUGUGUUCAAGGUGGCAGUAAACGGUGCUCACCUGCUGGAGUACAAACACAGAAUCCCUCUGAACAGGGUUGACACAUUUUCUAUUUCUGGGAAAGUCAGGGUCCAUGCUAUUGGCUACAUCCCAAACUCGGCAAUAUAUUCAGAAUCAGGUGACUUGAGUCUCCCUUACAAAGGAAGUAUACUUAAAGGAUUGAGCCCAGGACAGCACAUCACAAUUAGAGGACAGGUCAGCCUGUAUCCUCACAGUUUUACAGUAAAUCUCUGCAACAGCAAGACACAGAACAUCGCUCUCCAUCUGAACCCUCGUAUGAAGUCCAGCAUUUUCACAAGGAACUCGUACCUGAGUGAAUCGUGGGGUCAGGAAGAGCGGGAACUGCCUUUCUUUCCUUUCUCACCAGGGGAAUACUUUGAGAUUCUGCUCCUCUGUCAGCCCCAUCAGUUCAAGCUGGCAGUGAAUGGCUCACACUUGUUUGAGUUCAGGCACCGGGUGCAGGACCUGAGUAGCAUCAACCAGCUGGAGAUCAUGGGAGACCUGGAGCUCAUCGAUGUGAAACUCUGGUGACUUUGUGCUAACGGGGAAGUCGGCGUCACCGAUACUGUCACGCUCUGGUUAUCAGUGCUCAGUUAGUUUAGCUGCAACAACCCAGAUGAAGGAUGCUGAACACGAGGAACUCUGUGCUGACAGGUUCAGAUUUCAGGUCAGGAUUUUACUGUGCCACAUCUUAAAACUACUCCAGCACUGUUACUAACCAAAAGCUGUGGACAGAUUCCUGCGUCUGAUGAAACGGUUCGUCUUUCCAGCCCUGAUUACAGGGCUGAUGCAUGAUGUGACAUGAGGCCGAGAGGCUCCAUGAGUGUGUACCGCUCCACGCUGGCUGUCCCCUUGGUCAUUUCUGAUACCGUCUUUAGUCCACCCUUACUGUGGUACAACCUGUAAAACUGGACACACAUGUAAUUAAGCACUUAUAAGAAAGUUGGUAAACUCAUAGUGAAUAAAGUCAAUCCGUUCAGUUUUUUUGGAGCAAUGUUCUACAUAGAAUAUACAAAAGAUAAAAGAAAAAAAAGUUUUUUGCAGCAUCAUUUGGCACAAUAGUACUUUUUCUUUACAUAAAAUUACAGCAUUUUAUAAAAAACAAAACAAAAAAAAAAACAAACCCAAAUCAUUUUCAAACUUUUUACAUACUCAAUGUUACUUUUUUUUCUAAAUAAAUCAUUCUAUAUUCAAAUAUUUUUUAAAUAUUUGAAUGUCUCGUUCACUUGAUCGAAGAACUCAUCGUGGAAAGUCGAGCACACUGUAGUCCAGGGUAUAUGAAAUCAUGACAUUACGAUGCGGUCUUGAUCUAUAACCAACAAUGCUUUCAGACAUCAGUUACCAAUACAGCCCCAAAUAAGAUCAAUAAUCUAGCUUCUCUUUACAGCAUGUUCUUUUGUAAAAGAAAAAAGAAAACAACUCUGUAUCAUACAUUCUUUAAUAACUAAUAAAUGUGUUACUGUUAUCGUUUUGUAGCAACGUUUUAUUCUUUGAGUUCAGCUUCUUUUAAAGUUGUUUAUUUUUUGCCAGAGAUGCAACAUCUGCAGUACUGCAACUCCACCACUAGG